UUAGAGAUAUAUGAACCGGAUAAUAACACAUUUAAUCCUUUUAUCUUAUUUUAUUUCUCAUGAGAUUCAACGUAUUGUUGACCACGUUAUUUAUUCAGCUAAUCAUAGCCUAUGCCGUGUACAUUUUCUUGUUGUAUAACUCAGAUAAAAACUUUUAAUAUUCAAACUUUUCCUUCACACCCUUUUGCUUCCUCUGCUGUUUUUUCCUUCAUGACUUUUGCUUCCUCUGCUGUUUUUUCCUUCAUGACUUUUGCUUCUUUGCUCUUAGCAUAGUUACACCCUUUUAUCAUGGGAAGUUCUUGUACAAAACCAGUUGCUCAUGUCUCUUCAUCAAAUUUUUCUGGAAGUAAGAAACCUCAAAGCACGAGAAAGCGGCAUUCAAAUUCUUCUGAACAUAAAGCUUCUAAUUUCCAAACUUCAGAAUCAAAUUUGGAUAAAGCAAUCUCCAUAAAACUUAAGUCCUUCAGCUUGAAUGAUCUGAAGGAGGCUACGAAGAACUUCCGGCGAGAAAAUUUAAUCGGAGAAGGAGGAUUUGGGCGUAUCUUCAAGGGAUGGAUCGAUGAGAAUACAUUUGCUCCAACAAAACCAGGAAGUGGAAUUGUUGUGGCCAUUAAGAAUCUCAAGCCAGAAAGCUUUCAAGGUCACAAAGAAUGGCUUGCUGAAGUGAAUUAUCUAGGGCAGCUUUACCAUGAAAAUCUGGUGAAACUCAUUGGUUAUUGUUUGGAAGGGAAAAACAGGCUUCUAGUUUAUGAGUUCAUGCAAAAAGGAAGUUUGGAAAAUCAUUUAUUCAGAAAAAGUGUUCAACCUAUUGCAUGGGCUACGCGCGUGAGCAUUGCUAUUGGUGUCGCACGAGGAUUAGCAUUCUUACAUUCCUUGAAUGCGAAUGUUAUCUUUCGUGAUUUAAAGGCGUCCAACAUUCUACUUGAUUCAGAUUUCAAUGCAAAGCUUUCAGAUUUCGGGUUGGCGAGAGAUGGUCCUACUGGAGAUAAUACUCAUGUAUCAACUAGAAUUAUUGGAACUCAAGGUUAUGCUGCUCCAGAGUAUGUUGCUACAGGUCAUUUGACUCCAAGGAGUGAUGUAUACAGCUUCGGCGUUGUGUUGUUAGAGUUACUAACAGGAAAACGUGCGGUAGAAGACGACAGGCCUGGAUUUUCCGAAGAGACUCUGGUGGAUUGGGCAUUGCCAUUCCUGAAUGAUAGUAGAAGAGUUUUGAGAAUCAUGGACACAAGAUUAGGUGGUCAAUAUUCAAAGAAAGGAGCACAAGGGGCAGCAGCACUUGCAUUGCAAUGCCUAAACUCUGAUCCUAAAUUUAGACCACCUAUGGUUGAAGUUCUUGCAUCACUGGAAGGACUUCAAUCAUCAAAUAAUACAUUCCCUAGGGUACCAAAAUAUGGAAAUGAGAGUCCUGCCACAAAGCAUUCUUCUCAUUCCCUAAGAUAAAAAUAUGAAAGGAAUUAAUACGUACAAAUACUCUUUCCUGAAUGAAAUAUAAAUAAAAAGGGUAACUAAAAAACUGAUGUAUUUAAUCUUAACUUAAGAUUAGAUACGUCAACUUUUCAAUUAUCGUUUUGUUUAUAUUUUAUUUCAGAAUAGUAUUACUUUGCUUUGUUGAAGCAGAGUGACUAGCUAGGUUGUUAUGACAUUGUUUAAUUUUUUUGUGCUUUUUAAAAUAUGCACUGUUGUUAUAUAAACAAAUUUUGAAAAAGUAUGUAAGUUGUGUGAAUAUGAUUUAUUCCUUUUAUUACAAAGUGUCUUUCAUA